AUGGAUGGAAAGACAUAUACACCGAUUAAUGAAAACCAAUCUUGGGCUUGCAUUUCGGCCGAUGACUUCGUGUAUAUUGAACUCAUAGAGAAUAUCGUGCGAGCUCCGGGAGAAGUUGGAAUAUUCCUCGAACAUUUCCACUCAGAAUCAGCUCCUGGUCAGUGGGAAUUUGUGCUUCCACCUAAAGUUCCAGUCGAAGCUGCCGACACACUGCUGAAGGCUCGCGACACCAUCCGAAAUAUUGCUCGGGCUUAUAAGGUGCACCCGACUCUCUACCCUCGGUUAUCCCAAGAACAUGCCGGCACUGGCUCACAUGUUCACAUCUCCAUCAAUCCCAAAGAACAUGAGGAGUCCCUAAAUCCAGAAUGGUUUUUCGCGGGCGUACUCAACCACAUACCGCCAAUCUUAGCAUUUACCCUACCCCAGGAUAUAAGCUAUGACCGCAUCCAGGCCGGACUUUGGAGUGGUGGAGAGUAUGCCUGCUGGGGCUGGGAAAACAAAGAAGCUGCUCUACGACGCAUUAAGGACAAUUACUUCGAAAUCAAACUAAUGGACGAGCCUCUCCGAGGUGGGGACUGCAGCAAAUCUCCCACUGAUAUGACCCCUCUUGAGCGUGAAGCUCUAGGGGUGAAAGUCUUAUUGCCAAAAACGCUCGAUGAAAGUCUGGCCGCUCUCCAAUCGGAUGAGGAGAUCCAAAAUAGUACGGGCAAAACUCUUGUCUCAUCAUACGUAGCAGUGAAAAAGACAGAGAUGGAACAUUUUCGAAGCAUAGCUGACGAAGAGAGAAAGCUUUGGCAGAUUUUGAGAUAUUGA